AUGUCGGGCAAUUCCAAUUCAGACAUCUUAAUUGCAGGCGCAAUUGCAGCCUUUACAGUCGAUCUCCUUGUAUACCCGCUCGACACACUGAAAACACGCAUCCAAUCGCCCAACUAUGCAAAAGUAUAUACGAAUCCACAGACAGGGAAGCCGAAUCCGGCUUUGUUUCGCGGCGUGUAUCAAGGAAUUGGAAGUGUAAUAAUAGCCACAUUACCUUCAUCAGGAGCAUUCUUCACAACCUACGAACGCACAAAAUCCCUCUUCACCCGCUUAAACACCACCGCCUCCUCUUCCCCGACAGGCAUCCUUCCCACCCCCUUAAUCCACGCCUCAGCCUCCUCCUUGGCCGAACUCGUCUCCUGCGCCAUCCUCACCCCCGCAGAAGUAAUCAAGCAAAACGCUCAAAUGGUCUCAUCAUCAUCAUCUUCUUCUUCUUCUUCUUCCUCCUCCUCUUCCUCUCCCACUCAAGCAAACGCAACUCUCCAAACCCUCUCGAAAUUCCGCUCCAACCCCCUCGCCCUCUGGCGCGGCUACACCGCACUCGCAGGACGCAACUUACCUUUUACAGCCAUGCAAUUCCCACUACUAGAACGGCUAAAGGAAGCGAUAAAGCAGUACCGCGAUGAGCGCGGCUUAACGCGCGGCACGAUUGUGGAAAGCGGGUGUAUUACUGCGUUUAGUGCGGGCACGGCGGGCGCUGUGGCAGCGGUGAUUACGACGCCGAUUGAUGUGGUUAAGACGCGGAUUAUGCUUGCGGCGGGUGAUGGGGGGUCAGGGGAGGUGAAGGGACAGGAGGCCAAGGGGGCGAAGGACGGGAUCAAGAGUGCGGCGAGGGAUUUGAUGCAGGGGGGUGAAGGAGAGAAGAAGAAGACUAGUUGGGGGAUUGGAAGGGAGAUUGUGGCAGAGAAGGGGGUGAAGGGAUUGUGGAGGGGUGGUGCGCUGAGGGCUGUGUGGACGUUUGUGGGUGCGGGGUUGUACUUGGGGGCGUAUGAGACGGGGAGGGUGUAUCUUGCUAGUCGAAGAGGUGAUGAGAUUAGUGAAGAGGAUUUGAUGUAG